GCCUCGACGAGCGACUGCGGCGACGUCAUUCGGAAGCUCGAGGAGAACGCGCCAGGCUCUCUGCAUCAGUGCUCAGCUCCAGUCUCAUGGCCAGAGAUCUCCAUACCCACCACUGUCAUGACACUUGACAGGCACACUCUCUCUCGCCUCGGGGCCGCACAUUCGCUGCUGCGGUGGUUCAAGCUCGGCAGUCGCUGUUGAGAGUCACGUUGGUGGUUCGGCGUCGGGGAGCGAUAACCGAGGCGUGGUUGCGAUUGUAGGGAGCGCCUAGGCACACACUGGAGUGGCGAUUUGGUGGGGGACCCGAGUGGGUGAAAUCGUUAGGGUGAGGAGGUGAUAGAUGACAGGAAGCGUGUGCAAGUAGCGGUGGGGGACAAGAGAGUGUGUGCGUGGGUGCUUGCGAGGCGAUCAGGGGAGACUAGUGAAAUCUCGGAUCGGUGCUGCUGGUGGCGGCGAGCGAGAGAUUAUCAUUACGAGUAAUCUCAACUCGGAUGCACACGACGACAUUUUCAAGAGUUCCUGAAAUUAUUUGCGGGGAUUCAAGGCCGUCUUUCAAAAUGUUGGCGACCUGUUAGGUGCACCAACUAUCGCCCUCUGCGGUCACUUGACCAUGCGUAUUGCAAGUGUCUAGAUUGCUGACCAGCAGGUUGUAUUAAGGUUCCGAGAUUCCGCUUCCCAAGUUCCGAGGUAGAACCGAAGAGACACCGUCGCAAGCUUCAACAAAGAACACGAAACCACAGUACAUAUGGCUUCCCUUGUGCAGUUGCGCAUACUGUCGGAGUUUGUGGUGAGAGCGAAUAGAGUUACUCGGCGGAGGGAUGGCACCAUCAAUCGCUGGCUAGCGGACACACUUGAGAAGAAGGUUCCGGCUAAUCCGAUUCCAGUGAAGGGAGUAUCCUCGGCGGAUGUCACAAUUGACGCCGAGGCCGGAAUAUGGGCUCGGGUGUUUAGUUUGACCGAGGAGAUAGAGGAGACUUCGUUGCCAACGGCAACCGACGGAAAUCAGAGGCUGUUCAAGACGAUGCCAAUCAUCCUCUAUUACCAUGGAGGCGGAUUUGCCGUUCUUUGUCCUAAUUUCUAUUUGUACGAUAUAUUCUGUCGGCGCUUGGCUAGAAAAUGUAAUGCAAUUGUUAUAUCUGUGCAUUAUAGGAGAGCACCAGAGUUCAAAUUCCCCACAGCAUACGACGACUCGUACAAAGCCAUGGAGUGGCUCCAGUCGAAGGAAGCAACUGUCUCCCUUCCCCCAAACGUGGAUUUCUCCCGUGUAUUUCUGAGUGGAGACAGUGCGGGCGGUAAUAUUGCCCAUCAUGUGGCGCUGCGAGCAGCUGGAAAGGAUCUGGGUCGCUUGAGCCUUAAGGGCUUGGUGCUGAUCCAACCCUUCUUCGGAGGGGAGGAAAGGACCUCUGCAGAGCUCCGCCUCAAGAAUGUUCCAAUAGUUUCUGUGGAGAGCUUGGAUUGGCACUGGAAGGCCUACUUGCCUGAAGGCGCCAAUCGAGAUCACCCUUCCUGCAAUAUCUUUGGGCCUAACUCUCCAGACCUGUCGGAUGUUCCAUUGCCGCCAAUUCUGAACAUUGUCGGCGGCCUCGACAUCUUACAAGAUUGGGAGAUGAGAUAUUCGGAAGGUAUGAAGAAAGCCGGAAAGGAGGUGCAAACGAUUUUCUACGAGGAGGGAAUUCAUACCUUCGCUCUCCUGAAUCAGGCUAAGCUUGCAUCACAGAUGUUACUUGACGUUGCGGCCUUCAUCAACAGCCAUUAGGGCGUGUUUAUUGUAAGAGCUGAAAGGCAGCUCUACUUCAAUUCCCUUCUCUAUUCCUACGAAGAAUUUAUUCUACAUGAGGUUACAGCAGACAAUCAGCUCGUCGCUUUGUACAUAUCAUAGUACUCUGGCACACAAGAUGCCUGAAAAAUAGGAGCAACAGCAGACCACGUAAGUUAAAUGUUAUCAGCUCCUGUUGGUAAGUCUACUGAUUGUGCAGUGAAAUUGAAGGACUACGACAUUUUCCUUUCAAAUGAAACUUGUCAUUAAUGAACGAAAAAGAUUCCAUUUCAUACGACGAUCAGAAGACUGAAAUUUAAGAAGCCUUCUUAUCGGUAUGAAAAUUAUUGGAAACUUUUCUCAUUAGUUGAUCGAUGCAAAGGUAUGAUUAAGUGGCCUCUUGUGGUUCUGACAAUGUAAAACAAGUAAUAAAACAUGUCAAUAAA